AUGAAUAUACUUAAUUCGCUGAUGCUUAUGCAAAAUAUGAAAAACAAUGACAGCUCUAAUUCCAAAUAUCUGCGAGAUGUGUGCACUGAUGCUGUGACAAUAUUGGAGACUUCAUUUGUGCGUUUGACAAUUGAAAACUCCAAAUAUCAAAUAACAUGGAAUUUGUUUUUGCAGAAAUUAAUGGUCAAACAAUUUGCUAAUAAUGCAAUAUUUCCAGGCAUUCCAACUAUUAGAAUUACUGACGACAGUCGCAAUGACAAGUCCAUCUUACAUGACUACGGGGGACCGCCUCUUCCAGUACCACCACCACCACCAUCACCACCACCACCACCACCACCACCACCACCACCACCACCAAAAUAG